AUGAGCUCUGAAACGACCUCCGUCACAAACGGUGUAGCAGAGGCUCUGCGAAGAGUUCAGGAGCGUAUUACAGCUGCCGCUUCUGGAUGCGGAAGGCCCCCGCCGGAGCUUGUCGCUGUCUCUAAGACAAAGCCCGUGGAGCUUUUGUUGGAAGCGUACGAAGCUGGGCAGCGGUCAUUUGGCGAGAACUACGUGCAGGAAAUAGUUGCGAAAUCGCCACAACUACCAUCCGAUAUCAAGUGGCAUUUUAUCGGCGGCUUGCAAUCCAACAAGGCCAAGGUUCUUGCUGGGGUACCCAACUUGUACAUGGUUGAAAGUGUAGAUAGACAGAAGACUGCUACAGCUCUAAACAAAGCAUUUGCAGCUGUUGGACGUGCAGAGAAACUGAAGGUUAUGGUGCAAGUGAAUACAUCUGGGGAGGAGUCGAAGUCGGGAUGCCAACCCGGCGAGACUGCUCAACUGGCAAAGUUUGUGGACACAGAAUGUGACAACCUAGAGCUUGUCGGCUUGAUGACUAUAGGAGCUUUCGAUACAUCCGACGAGCCAGAGGCUUUCAAAAUUUUGGCAACUGAAAGGGAUGCUGUCGCGGAGGUGGUCGAAAGGGCAGCGUCGACGCUGACGCUGUCGAUGGGAAUGAGUGCGGAUUUCGAGGCGGCAAUCCGCAUGGGAAGCGACUCUGUUCGUGUGGGAAGCACAAUUUUCGGCGCGCGCGAGUAUCCACCGAAAUAAAGUUCCUACUACUACAGUUCGGCAAA